AUGCUGCCCUUUCGUUCAUCGCUGACCACAAGCAGAGAUCACGCUCUAGGAGGUGCCAAACAGAAUCCCAACCCCAGUAAUAACUCAGAAUCACUACUAACCUUCACCGACAUGUCCAGCCUGCUGAUGGUGUCUGUCCUUGUACUCUUCAACAACGACUUCUGGGCCCACUCCGUCCGCAACCUCACCUUUGGAAUCAACGAAGAAACCCUCUUGACCCAGAACACAAACCAAACCGCUCUCCUCAAGCCCUUGUGCGAGCUUACCCCCUUCCACGGCGCCAGCUCGUCCGCCGUUAGCGAGCACACACCCAACAGGUGCCCGCUCCGCCUGGCAGGCCUGUUCUACAGGCUCAAUGCCUUCCUCGAUGACUGGAACAUGAAUAAUACGGCAGCGUUUCGCCUGAACAUCGCUGUGUUCCUCGCGAAUCAAGCGGCGCUGACGUCGCACUUGGAAGAUAUCCUGCCUUGGUCGCCAGACACCGGACGGGAGAUCUUUACUGCACCAGGCGCGACAGUGUCCAAGCCUGUCAUCGGUCUCCCUGCGCAGGUCACUCUGUCGCUUAUUGUCGGUGUGAAGGUCGUAGGCUUGCUGUGGCUGCGCUGGUUCAUCUACACGUGGUCGGUGUGGACGCGCUCGCUUGAUGCCAUGGCUGUUGCGCGCGUGGCCGGACAGUUAGAUGCGAGUCUCCUCCCGCCGUUUGCGAAUGUCGCGCCGCAGGAGCAAGAGAAAUUGGCGCCUGUUGACGGGCUCGUGGGCGCGCUUUCGUCUCCAGGAGUGGGUGAGGGUGCUACCGGGUCGCACGUCGAGCUUGUGGAGAAGAAUCUUGACCGGUCGACGGUUGGCAAAAGGGUAACGAUCUCGAUUGUUUCAACGGCACCAGUAGGGGGCCAGACUACUGUGCUGGGUCUUGGGGCUCCGGGUCUGAUUACGAAGAGAGGUGUGCAAAAAGCUCCAGCCUCGCGUCAAGGCGCUGGGGACGCGUGA